UGCGUGAAUAACACCCACCUUCUCCUCCCUUGGAAACAAUCAGUUUCUUACCAUUCGCAAGUUGCCAAGCAACGCAACCUUUCUCUUUCGCUACGCGUAGAGUUGAUCUAAAAUCAAUCCCCAAUCUCGGUGUGGUUCCUUCCUCUAGGGUUUUUUGAUCUGAUCCUGUAGAAAUCAUCACCCCGCGCGGCAUGAGGCCAAUCCUAUUGCCGGAUCCACCCAGUCUAUCCACCGGCGUACCCGAGAUUUUCGAACAAGGCGGUUCCCAGAACAUCGUCAGACGAGCAGUCGUCAUCGGAAACGGUUUCCCUGGCUCCGAGAAUCAGUCUAUCGGUCUCGCUCGUGCUCUCGGCUUGGCCGAAAACCACCUACUCUACCGAGUUACAAGACCUAAAGGAGGGAUACAUGAGUGGCUACACUGGCUCCCUGUUGGUUUUCACAAGAAGCUGGAGUUUUUACUCAGGCAUCUUUACCUCUACUCCAGAUUGAUGCUUAGGCCCAAACAAAGUAAAUACAUCGCGUCAGAGAAUGGUGGCAGCAAACUAGGCUUGUCUUCUGUUCUCGAGGCUGACGUGAAGGAGAUUGUCACCAUGGCUCGUGAGACCUAUGAAAAGGAUGGCCCGUUGGUUGUGAUUGCGUGUGGUAGAGAUACAGUUUCUGUCGCUAGCUCCAUAAGGCGUCUCGCUUCUGAAAACGUCUUUGUCGUUCAGAUACAACAUCCUAGAUCACACCUGAAUAGGUUUGACAUGGUGAUAACCCCUCGUCACGACUAUUAUCCUCUAACCCCGGAAGCGCAAGAGCACGUUCCUAGAUUUUUGCGUAGGUGGAUAACUCCACGUGAACCACCUCAGGAUCAUGUAGUCUUGACUACUGGAGCUCUACACCAGAUCGAUUAUGCCUCACUCCGUAAAUCAGCUAGUGCUUGGCAUGAUGAGUUUGCUUCUCUUCCAAAGCCCUUGGUUGUGGUUAACAUUGGCUGGCCUAGACGUAACUGUCGUUAUGGAGCAGACCUCGCUAAGCAGCUAACAGACGCUCUUCUUAGUGUCCUUGAUAGCUGUGGAAGUGUCAGAAUUGCUCUCUCCUACAAAACCCCUGAAAAGGUUUCAAGAGUCAUUUUCAAGGAAUUAGGAGAUAACCCAAAAGUCUACAUUUGGAAUGGCCAAGAACCAAAUCCUUACAUGGGACAUUUAGCUUGGGGUGAUGCCUUUGUAGUGACAGCAGAUUCUGUCAGUCUCAUAAGCGAAGCCUGCAGCACCGGGAAACCAGUGUAUGUUAUUGGAGCCGAUCACUGUAAAUGGAAGAUUGCAGAUUUCCACAAGUCUUUGAGGGAGCGAGGAGUUGUCCGCCCAUUUACUGGUUUCGAAGACAUGUCGGAAAGUUGGAGUUAUCCGCCAUUGAGUGACACAGCAGAGGCAGCUAUGAGGGUACGUACUGCAUUAGCUGCACGUGGUUGGAGUGUACGCUCUUGAAAAGUAUAAUACUCUUCUUCUUUUUUUUUGUAACUUGUGUUUGCGGGAAUCACAUUUUAUCUGAGGCUGGAGAAAGAGAAGUUUAAAGACAAUCGAAUAUGUGCAGAGAAAGAAAGAAAAAGGUGACGAUACUCAUUUUGAAAGGGUUUAUUUACGUUUCUUGUGCCCUAAAGUUUUGCUCAUUAGUAGAAAUCCAAAUCUCUACUUCUCAAUUGGAUUACCCCUUGUGAUAUGAAGAGAGAGUGAAAAGUUUUUUUUUCCGUUUGUAUUGCGACUUGUCGCUGAGAUUUGAAUGUGUAGAAAGAAAAAUGUCCAGGCACCUGUGUGUGUUUACAAUUGUUCUCAGUAAUCUCGUUUUCUUGUA